UGCUGCACACUCUGCCAGCAGCUCCGCCAGGACUCACGAAGGCCACUCUGAUACAUUCACAGCACCUUGGUGCCAAAACAACAUCUCUCUGUGGGAACGUCUCACACCGCAGAGGGGUGUCUCACACCCUGGCGGCUGCCUUCGUGAGAUACACGUAGGUCCUUCUUUGCUCAUGCGCACCCGCGGGCGCGGAAGCUGAGCCACUCAAGAAGUUAGACCGGAUGAGAUGGAUUUUAGAAGAUGAACUGUUUGUUUCUCGACGUCUUGGCCAAGGGCUCAACCGUCCCUUAAGAUGAAUAGUUUGAAGAUGUCUACGGUUGGUUGGUAGAAAUCCGGCAUGUGUGUGUGUCCUGCUUUGCUUGGGAUGAUGUUUGUUUUCCUAUCCACUUUCAGGUGAAUCUGACAUGUUUAAAAUUGUUUUUAAGUGUUUCCCGGGUCGUUAAGCAAAUCCAAUGAAGCUCGGGGAGGGGGAGGGCUACUCGUGUGGGACGAUGGUUGAAAGGGCAAUUGUUCAACUCAUGCAUUCGCAAAAUGCAGGGAAGUCAGAAAGACCCCGUGUUUCCGGACGAGUAUAUAUAUAUAUACAUAUAUAUACAUAUAUACAGCUGCUUUCUAAGAGGCCUUUUGCCGACCUUUCACCUUUUUUGUUGGGGUGUAUGUCUUAUAUUGUCAUUGUCCUUCCCAGGAAUUCAGCCGAUGGACGGCUUCAAGCCGUCUUUGUCACCCCGAAGUUUCCCCAAGGUGGAGACAGCGAGCACGAAACCCGCACACCCAAACACACAGAGAUGUUAUAUAUUUAUUGCUGUUAAGAUGUGUUUAAGGUGAGAAGUUGGUGAUGUGUUUGUUCCUAUUUGAUUGAUGAUUAUGUACACACAUUAUUGAAGUUGAUUGGUACAGGUUGGAACACGGAAUAUUAAUAUAGGGUUUUGAGCCGCACUCACGUAUCUCAGUUGAUUGUCCCGUUUUGGGGCGUUCUUUCUGGGGUGCUCGUUUGUGCCAUCUAACGCCGAACCACGAGGUCCGCUGGGCCGCCUUUGAGGUGGGACAGCGGACCGUUUUGUCCGCAGCCCGAAAGAUCCGGUGGAAGUCCAUAAAGGAUAUACAACAUGAGCUGGACAUGCUCCAUCCAUCUGGCUAUAGCUGUCUCGUAUCCUUGGGUGACUACAUUUACGAAGUUAGCCGUACUACUAGUGGUAUUUGGUAUGUAUCAUCAUGUCCUGUGGCUGGACUGUGAGAAAACUUCCAUGUUCUGGCAAAUGCUCGUUGGUGUGCACAGGCUUUUGGGGGAGGGUAUUGCAAGUUCAUAUUCAAUGGUCGUUCGCCCUUUCUCGAUCUGUUCCAACUUGCCUUCUCGCCAAGCUUGCGGUUUCUUAACUUGGGGUGCCACAUGAAGACGGUUCGUGGCUAGUGACUAUGACAAUGAGCCACCCAAAAGGAAAACUCACUCAACAGAUCUCUAAGAGCAUCAUGAAGUGAAAGGAAAUCCCGACGGCCCAGAAGUCUCUAACCCCACACAUCCUGCGCAAGAGAGCAAGCUUCGCCCAACGACGUGUGACUGCGGCAAAGGUUGUUGAAGUCGGUCUCACCGGUCGCAAUUUUUGAAGCCAGUUCUACAAGCCGGUCAAGAUCGCAGGCCUUCUCCAUUCCACCUGACACGGGCUACUCAUGGCAGGCUUCCCGCUUCGCGCGGCGUCGCCAAUGUGGACGUCGCACCGUUUGGAGGUUUGGGCCCGUUUGCUGGCGUCCACGCCCUGCAUCCCCUGCGCGGAGCUGGAUCAGGCGGCCGAGCAGCUCUGCUGCGCCUGUGCCAGCGAUGCCUACGCACGGGUUCGGCGGCGAGGUUUGUUGGUGCUUCUCCAGUGCUCUGCGUUGCAUCCCCAAUCCAUGACGAAGCACCUGGAGAAGAUCAGGCGUGUGCUUGAGAAGGCAUGCUUUGCUGAUGCUGAUUGUCAGCAGGCCUGCGUGCAGAUCGCUGAGCACUUGGACUUGGACUCCAAUGGCUUGCAAGGUCUUGGGCCGUCCCACGAGGCUGACACCAUCCCUGCUGGGCAGGACUGACUUUGGGUGGUCCGCGGUCCUGGUUGCUUUAGUGAAACAUAAACAAUUUCUUUGGAGAUAGUCCUUCAAUAAUUCCGG